AUGGCACUGACACAUGCAACCGUCACUGUGCUCCUGGUCUUUCUGAGGACAUUGUCUCUGGCUGACUCUAAAGACUCAACUUCCAAACAUUGCUUUUCAGAGGCAUUUGUGACCUGUCUCUUCCAUGAGGACUGCAUGUUGCCCUGUAGCUUUAAACCCACCGGUGCUGUGGUCAUCCACUGGUACAAACAGCAGAUCCCUGUUCAUAGCUACUAUUACAACAAGGAUCAGUACGGACUACAGAAUAAGCACUUCAAUGGAAGGACCAGCUUGUUCAACUCCCAGAUUGCCCAUGGCAAUGCAUCACUUCUCCUGAAAAGGGUAAAAGUUCAGGACAAGGGCAGGUACAAGUGCUACACCAGCACUAGGAAGGGGAACCAGGAGACAUUUGUCAACCUUGGGGUGAAAGCUCUCAUCCAGUCAGUGAAAAUCGAGAUGACUGAGGAGGUGGUCUCCUGUUCCUCUCAGAACAUUUAUCCCUCCCCUGAGAUGGUAUGGUCCACUGAUCCCCCAUCGGCUCCAGAAACACUACAGAACUUCACAGUCAAAACUCUUGACUCCAAGGGCCUGUACACUGUGGAGAGCACAGUGAGGAUCCUGGGUAAUGUCUCUGACCAUGGCUACUUCUGCUCUGUCAUCUCAGCGGACAAGGCCCAGGAGUGGACUGCCUCUCUGAGGCAGCAAGAGGAGUUGAUUGGAGAGGCAAGUCGGGAGCUGUCCAUCCCUUGCAUCGCUCCACAGAACCUCCAAAACUUCACCCUCAUCUGGACUUUCACCAGAACCAAUGAACCCACGCUCAUCCUGAGCUAUGACAGCAGAACUGGACGGACCACCAACUAUUGGGAAGGUCGGGCUGGACUGGAGCAGCACUGGGUUCUGAUGGGAAAUGGAUCCCUCCUCCUUAACUACCCAGAGAGUCAGGAAAACACAGGGACCUACACAUGUACAUUCUCAGGUCUCCAGAGCAGACACGUGGUUCAAACCCAAGUCAACAUCACAGAGACUCCCAUAGAGGAGGAUGAGCAGAAGACUGGAAGGUCAUGGUGGGGCACGGCUGCUUCUGUAGCCUUCUUCGGCUUCACAGUUUCUGUGGCUCUUCCACGAUGUCUACGGCUCAGAGGAAAGCAAGCAACAUACCAUUGGAAAGAUGGACGACCAUUGCGUAUAAUGAGACCAUCGCACUUAGCAAUAUCCAUGACUGGAACAACUUCACACCGACUAAAUGGAGCAGGUCUGAAUGAAACCGGAACCAGAGAACACAGAUCACAUUGCCAAGAACCAUACAUACCUGGACCACAUGUUACACCAGAGGGGGACGUAACACAACCAUACCGCCCUCGACUGGACACGCUACAGGGGGACAUAACACAACCAUACCAUCCUCGACUGGACACGCUACAGGGGGACAUAACACAACCACACAGUCCUCGACUGGACACGUUAGAGGGUGACAUAACACAACCACACAGUCCUCGACUGGACACGUUAGAGGGGGACAUAACACAACCAUACAGUCCUCGACUGGACACGUUAGAGGGUAACAUAACACAACCACACAGUCCUCGACUGGACACGUUAGAGGGUGACAUAACACAACCACACAGUCCUCGACUGGACACGUUAGAGGGGGACAUAACACAACCACACAGUCCUCGACUGGACACGUUAGAGGGGGACAUAACACAACCAUACAGUCCUCAACUGGACACGUUACAGGGGGACAUAACACAACCAUACAGUCCUCGACUGGACAAGUUAGAGGGGGACAUAACACAACCAUACCGUCCUCGACUGGACAUGUUAGAGGGGGACAUAACACAACCAUACAGUCCUCAACUGGACACGUUAGAUGGUGCUGCUUCGGAGACAACAGGAAGUUCUUCACUGGGAUCACAGUUGCUACUGACAGCACAGCUAGAUGGUGACAUAGUCAUUGGUGACCCUUUAGGGGGUGAUGAUCUAGAAAUUGAUGUGCUAGGAGGUAACGUGCCAGGAGGUGACACUCUAAGGGGUGACACUAUAGGAGGUGAUACUCUAGAAGCUGAUGCUCUAGGAGGUAAUACGCUAGGGGGUGACGAUCUAGGGGGUGACACAGCAGAAGGUGACGCUCUAGGAGGUGAUGCUAUAGGAGUUGGCACUCUAGGAGGUGAUGCAUUAAACCAUGACGGUCUAGGAAGUAACGCUCUAGGAGGUGAAGCUCUAGAAGGUGACGUUCUAGGAGGUAACGCUCUAGAAGGUGACGUUCUAGGAGGUAACGCUCUAGAAGGUGACGUUCUUGGAGGUAAUGCUCGAUCUUGUGGUUCUAUACUUGGAACUUAUUCUCAAGACCAUGAUGCAACAAUAUUGUCAAGUCAAAAAUGGGAUUUACCGACACCAUGUACAUCAAGAAAUGAUGAGGAAGAAAGAUGUCAUCUUCUACACACACAUACAGAUGUCAAUAAAGACCUAACACCAGAGGAGUUAAUUCUGCUGGACCAGGUGAUUCAGAAAGAGGUGCACAUAACCAGGACUUACCAGGUAGUGAUGCACCAAGACCUUACAUAACAGGGUUUACAUGUCACAUUGGACUAUUAACAAGUUACAGUAAGUCUCUCAUAGUGGUCUCAAAUGAUGGACUCAUGGCAACAUCUACUAUGUACAGACGGGUGACAAAUUGAAGGGAAAAACAACCUAAAAUGUCUCAGUAAG